CUACUUGAUACCAUGACGUCAGCUUUUCCAUUUCAGAUCAGUGGAUGAACAUGUCGGGGGCUGUACCAACUAGCUUAGAAGCUGGUCGAGACGGGCUGGCGGUCAAGAUUCUCUACCCUGGCGACCUUCAACCCGUGAAUAAAAAAGUUGAAAUCUCAGACGAAGACGGAGAUGAUCUGGAUUUUGAUGAGAUCAAACGUCGUAUUCUGGUCGCGAAAGGUCUAACUGACGUCCAUAACUACAAGCUGAGGUACUACAUCGGCAAAGAUAAAACUGAGCUAACUCAAGACAACAUCAUCGACAUUUUACAACAGCCGGGCGUACUAGAGGUCUAUCACGCCAACUAGUUCUACUGACAGCUUGCACGGUGUUGAUUUGUUUACUCGUGUGUAGAAGGAAAUGGUUUCAAGCGUGUUAACAACUUGCAU